AUGGUGAAGUCUUCAGAAAUCGUCGGGAAGCUCAAUCUCAGGUCUCACCAAGAAGUUAAGGUGGAUAGAGCUGUGAGCACUAGUAUCUACUUCUUGCUUCCAUCUGGGAGCGUCUCUCGUCUCCAUCGCAUACCAAUGGCAGAAACUUGGCAUUUCUAUUUGGGUGAACCCAUCACAGUAGUGGAACUCUACGAUGAUGGUAAGUUGAAAUUCACAUGUCUUGGUCCUGACCUGAUAGAAGGUGACCAGAAGCCUCAGUACACAGUCCCUCCAAACAUUUGGUUUGGUUCGUUCCCUACAGAGGAUGUUCAUUUUUCUCACGACGGGACUCUGCUUAAAGCCGAGCCUAGAAACUCUGAUGAUCACUUCUCUCUUGUCGGCUGCACAUGCGCUCCUGCUUUCCAAUUUGAGGACUUUGAACUCGCUAAACGCUCUGAUCUCUUAUCACGGUUUCCUCAACACGAGUCGCUCAUCACAAUGCUUUCUUACCCUGAGUGA